UUAUGUUUGUUCACGACAGACUGGCGCAUAAAGAUGACGCUUUUUCUUAAUCACUUACCCUGCUAAUUCAUCAACGCGCUGUUAAUAUCCCAAGUCAGCACUCAGUUAAGGCUGUGGCCCCCCCUACGUCGCAGGUGCCUGAAGGACUCUCUUCCUUUCUUCAUACGCGAACCAUCUUACUCGUCUUCCUCCCUCCUUCCACGGUCAACUUGUACACGCCAUUCCGAACAUUGAUGCGGUUCGAAUAGUAUAUCUAACCACUGGGCUCAGUCAUACCAUGCCAUCCCUAUACGAGAGGUUAAUCUCUGCCUGUAGGUUCAAGGCUGCCCAAAAUACUGUUGCACCUGCCUUUAUCAUUGCAUGCAGGAUUUCACAAUGAAUCUUCCGAGUGGUGAAUGUGGAUGUGCUCAUCAUUUGCCUUCUGUCACACCCUCCGCUGAGCUCUCCGAUCGGCGUGAUCAACAAGCCGGGCCUGAGGAUGAUUCGAAGGCUUGGCUUGUAGCCGAUGUUUUCCACAUCGCACCAGGCACAGCACUGAGGCUGUUGUGCUUUAGCAUCGAAAUCCUAUUGAAGACAUCCUCAGAAGACCCACGAUGUUCUCAGAGACUCGUAGUGUCUUGCAGUGCCCAGACCUCGGGUGACAAUGUUUCUAGUGGCGAGAGCACGCCCCUUAAAUCUUCCGAACUACAUUGCUCUCCAGCAAGAUAUGAAAACCUGGGGCACGACCUAAUGCAACGGAGCGUACUUUCUAAGAGGUUCCUUUCGAAGCGGGUACCCCCAAUUACUCUGAAGGAUUACCUACUACGUCUCCACCAAUAUUGUCCCAUGUCCACAGGCGUUUACCUGGCCACGAGCAUAUAUAUCACCAGGAUGGUCACCACCGAGAAAGUGAUCCAAGUUAACGGAAGGAAUAUGCAUCGUCUGGUUCUCGCGGGGCUUCGAGUUGCAAUGAAGACUCUAGAGGAUUUGAACUAUCCACAUAGUCGAGUUGCCAAGGUUGGCGGAGUGACCGAAUGUGAGCUGUUGAAACUGGAAGUCAGCUUCUGUUUUUUGGCAGAUUUCGAAUUGCGGGUCGACGCCCAGAUGCUGUUCGAGCAAGCAAGGCUGCUUCAAGCCGGGCUGGAUCAGGCUGGAAACACAUCCACCAAAGCAGUGAAUGAUUCCUUGCUUCAGGUGUGAGGCUAUAUUGACUGAUUCCUUUGCUCUGACCUGUGCAGUGCUCAGCUGCCUUAUUGGUGACUUUGCAUUUUUCUUGAAUUGAUAUCCAGCGAGGUAUAGUAGAUUAUGCUACCAAUUGCAUGGUAAUCAGUUACACCAAUUCUGGGUACUCAUUUAGAUGUUAGAUCACCAGAGAUAAAUUGGUUUUGUGGAUGUGGUGGUAUGUGAAAGAGAGAACAAGGCUACCUAGCCUGGGUAUAACCUCCCGCUUAACUGACUGAAUAGUUGGUCACUUGGCU